AUGCCCUGUCGGCUUACGCCCACGAGACAGUUUGAGCGACUUGUCUGUUUGAGAAACGUUUCUCAAACAACGCGGCGAAGAGGGCAUCGCCAAGUUCUCCGAAUGUAUCGUUGUUCUCGUCAAGCGCUUGACACAGCUUACAAGGUCAGCCUUUGCGUAGAAGGGAACAUCAGUUCAGGCAAAAGUACAUUUUUGUCAGAGGUGCUCUCAAGCGCCUCACGCCUAGAAGAUCUGGUGUACACUGUCCCAGAACCGGUUCAAAGUUGGCAAAGCGUGCCGCGAAAAAGUGCAAGCAAUCCUCCUCAUAACUUGCUCAAAGAAUUUUACACCAAUCCAGAAAGAUAUGCAUAUGUGUUCCAGAAUUAUGUUUUUAUGACUCGGUAUUUGCAAGAGCGACAAAGCGCAGGAACAUCGAAACUACUAAGAAUAACUGAACGCAGUGUUUUUUCUGACCGAAACGUAUUUGUCGAGUCAGUGCACGAACAAGGCUGGUUAUCCGAGCUUGAGGCUGAUCUCUACAACGCUUGGUUGUAUCCCAUGAUAAAUGCCUUACCCUCCCUGAUUCCAGAUGGGUUUAUAUAUUUGAGAGUUGAGCCAGAUGUGUGCAUGGAGCGGCUUCAGCGGCGGGCGCGUGGUGAGGAGCUUAACAUCACACUCGAGUACCUUGAAUCACUACACUACAAACAUGAAAAGUGGCUGUUACAAGAUGUGAGAGCGCUCACGGUCGGGAAAAAACAUCAGGAGACCUUAACGAUAGGUUUUGUGACAGACCACAUGUGUAGUCAAUUUAAAAAGAAGCCAGUACUAAUUCUAGAAUUUGGGCACGAUGUCGACUUUUCAUCAGACGACAAAACUGUGGAACAGCUUGGCAAGAAAGUCAGGGCAUUUUACGAUUACAUUUCUGACGAAUAA